GUGGCCGAUCAAAUACUGGGAAAGGAAACAACAUAAGAAGAAACCAGAAGCGCUAAAUCCCCCUUUCUCAAGCGCUGCGCUCCCUCCACUCUCCACCCAAUCAUUAUCACCUAAUCCCACCCAAUCCGGAUGCAAGCAGCACUUGCGGUCAUGGCAGCGCACACAGUUCUCGCCGCCGCUGUUCCAGCCGCCCACCAAUCUCUCCUCUUCCCCAGCAUUUCAUCUGCGUCAUCUCUAUCUCUCCCGCUUCACUCUUCCUUCCACGGCGUCGCUCUUAAGGCAAAUGUCCGCCCGUUCUUGUCUCUCUCGGCUGCUACCGCCCCCAAGCCACUCACCGUCGUCGCCGCCACCAAGAAGGCUGUUGCUGUUCUCAAGGGUACCUCGAAUGUGGAGGGCGUUGUCACUCUCACACAGGAAGAUGAUGGCCCCACUACUGUCAAUGUUCGUAUCACUGGGCUCACUCCAGGAAAACACGGGUUUCACCUGCAUGAGUAUGGUGACACUACAAAUGGGUGUAUAUCAACAGGACCACAUUUUAAUCCAAAUGGCUUAACACAUGGAGCUCCUGAAGAUGAAGUCCGUCAUGCGGGUGACCUGGGAAACAUAGUUGCUAAUGCUGAUGGUGUGGCUGAAGCAACCAUUGUAGACAGUCAGAUACCUCUGACUGGUCCUGACUCAGUUGUUGGAAGAGCUUUUGUGGUUCAUGAGCUUGAGGAUGAUCUUGGAAAGGGCGGUCAUGAACUUAGUCUCACCACUGGCAAUGCUGGUGGACGUUUGGCUUGUGGUGUUGUUGGUUUGACUCCCCUGUAAUUGUGAGCUCCUUGUGUGAAACCAUCCUGGGGUGCAUUCUCGGACUUCUUAUGGUUCAUAUGGAAGCCUAUGGUUGCUGAGAUUUUGCAUUAUAUUAGAUAAUUGCUGUUUGCGUUAUCGACCUAAUAAUUUAGCUAUGUAUGAGAAUUCUGUCAAAGUAGAUAACCUUCACCAUGGAUGACUGAAAGUUUCCAACUUGCUUAUUAAAUCGAAGUUUGUGUUCCAUAUGACAAUUUGAAUAAAGCUUACUUCAGUAAGAGUUAUGGUUAAA